UUCACUAUGAAAUCCUGCUGUCAGUUUUAUAUCCCCCAUCUCCAGUCUGGAUAAGGGUGAUGUUGGUGGUUUCUGCACCUAUAUAGAGGAUUCUGAUGGUGUGGAGGAAGAGUGAAAAGGAAGAGUUACCCAUCAAGUUGAAUCACCUGCUGCAUAGACAGCUCUUAUUCCAGGAUCAAGCUUGUGUACAAAGGACAGUAUAAGCAUGAAAAACAUUUGCAGCCUUUUGCUGAGUCUACACUUGGUCUUCAGUAUCCAAGCCAUUCGAGAGAGUGUCCCAAUGCAGAACUUGAGCUGCUACAAUGACUACAACUCACAGCUGACCUGCACAUGGAUAGAGCAUUCAGAAGCUCAUGCCUUCCUUGGUAUGACUCUUUACCGAAGGAAUAAUAAUAAAAUGAAGAAUGAAGAGAUGCAUUGCAAGCCUCAGGGAGAAAAUGAGUUCCACAAGGCUCCCUACAUCCAUUGGGUUUGUCACAGCACUGUAAACACUUUUGGAAUGGGAGUAGAUGAUAUUUACAGCUUCAAACCUAACAAGUUACUUCAAGCAGAAUUGAAUAUUCAUCUUUUCCAGACUGUUCAGCCCCUCCCACCUCAAAACCUUUCAGUCAGCUUGAUGAGAUCAGGAGACUUCUUGCUGACAUGGAAAGUAGCUGAUGCAAACCAAGGGCUGGGCAAUGCGCUGGAGUAUGAAGUGGCUUACAAGCAGGAGUGGGAGUCCUGGGAGAAAGCUACCUUGCUCUCACUCUCCAACACCACACGCUGCCAUCUCAGCCAUGAGAGCCUUGUUCCAGGCAGCACCUACAUUGCCCGUGUGCGAGCCAGACCAGGGCAGACCAGCGGCUUCUCUGGGCAGUACAGCGAGUGGAGCAUGGAGGCAUCCUGGGAGACACCAAAAGGUGGCAUUCAGCCCAGGAACCUUCGCUGCCUCUUCAAUGGUGUGGAUCGUCUGACAUGCAGCUGGGAAGUGAAGAAAGAGAUUGUCACCUCUGUCCUCUUUGGCUUGUUCUUCAGGGCCACUUCAGCAUCAGCAGAGGAGGAGUGCUCUCCUGUGCACGAGAAGACUUUGCCCCAUGCCCGCUAUGUGCUCCAGAGCUGCGAGAUCACUGUUACCAACAGCAGCAGUCAGAGCCAGUACCAUGUAGCUGUUCGGACCAAAACGGAGGAGAAACUGAUUGAAGCCUACAAGAACAUUAAGGUGCUGCCACCUGCAAAUGUAUCAGUAACCAUGAGAGAGAACCAAGAGUAUGAACUGAGGUGGAUAAAACACACUUUGCAAUAUAGCUUCAUAAAACAGAAAUAUGAAGUCCAAUACUGGAAGCACAACCAAUAUGAAAAGACUCUCCAGAAGAUAGAUAUCAGCAACGACGAGCCUCCUUUCAUCUUCACCCUACAGAUGCUGGGAUCUUCUACAAAAUACAGGGGGAGAAUGCGUGCAAGGGUGAAUACUCCCUGGAAUUACAAGGGUCCGUGGAGUGAAUGGAGUGAGGAGUUCACCUGGGAAACUGAAAAUGUUCUGUCACCAGUGGUUCUCCCAGCAAUGCUCCCAGCCGUCAUCAUCACUUUGCUAAUAAUUGCUCAUUGCAGCUAUAAGUAUUUCCUCAGAAAGAAGAAAAGCUGGGAGGAAAAGAUUCCAAACCCCAGCAAGAGUCUCCUGAUUCAGAGCUACUUAGGGAAAGUACACCUAGGAAAUUGGCUGACAAACAGUCAGCUAGACUUCAACAAACAGAACUUUUCUGAGAAGAUGGAGCAGGCUAGUUUCCUUCAAGUUGUGGACAGGCAGACAAUGACGUUGGCAGAGUUCCCCGAAAGGCAAGCUGAAAAGGCAGAGUUUUUCCUGGUUGCGCUGGAUCCACAGAACGUAUACCAUGCUUUAGAUGUGCCUGAGCGUGCACCAGUUGUCUGCCCAGCAAGUCAGAUGGCUGAUUCUUCCUUUCCUGUUUCAAAGGAGAACAGUGCUGAUACAAGUACUGCUUCCCAGACUGCAAUCCCUUGCUUUGAUUUCAACGGUCCAUACUUGUACAGCCCAAUGAUGUCCUCCCAGCCUGAUAUGCAUCAGGCCCUUCAAGCAGUCCCAGCGGGAAUCCAUGGGAAAUCAGUGUCCCUACAGUAUGUGAGCCUCCCAAAGGAAGCCUGUCCUCAGGCUCCACAGAGGCAGGCACAGCCAGGAGCACUUCCUCUGCAGCCCUUCCUGCUCCCAGGCCAGAAGGAAAUGAUGCAGCACCUCAGCAAAGGGGAGGAAAUUUCACCAGCCCAGGCAGACUGUGGGAAAUGCAUGAAUGUGAGACCAGAAGGGCAGAACUCCCCAGUGGCUCUUAGCUGUACUGGCUCUCCCCAGCUGUGCUCCUUGGGCUACAUCACCACAGAUAGCCUCUUACUGCCAUCAGCCAAAGACUCCAGCCAUCUGGCGCUCGUCACUGAUGAGGAAUUAACUUCUGACUCGCAGGAGAUCCAGCCCCCUGAUGACUGCUCUUGCUAUGAGUUUUCUCCUGGGAAAUCUGGUGUCACGGUUGCAGUUUCAGAACAAAGACCAAACCCUCUUCCUGAAACAUACCAGGAUGCAUUUGGGGACUAUCUUACUGUCCCUCCAGGUCCCCAUGGACCUUCAGAACCCCCAGAUAUUUCCUUACCUGUCUUACAGAAGGAAAAUAAUCUUCCAAAAGAGCAGCCUUUGUCAGAGGGUAAUUUGGUAGUCUUAAACCCUGAUAGCACUGAGCCAGUUUUCCUUUGUGAGGUUGGUGACUAUUGCUUCCCCAGCCUAAAACCCAGUGAGAAGAUACAUACAAGCCAGGAAGAUCCCCAAGUCAAGAAACCUUCUGAAGACAGAACCACAUCUGGGAAACCUGUAUCUGAUGAUGAAUCCAUCAUCGGCAAAGAACAGAAUGUAUCAAAAACACAGGCUAUUCAUCUUUUCAAAAGCCUGAAAUUGGAUGAUUACUUUUCCUGGCAGCAGUCUUCGAGAAUCACAGAAAUCUGUUAAAGUAGCAAAUAUUAAUGAAUGCCAAGACCAGAGGUAACUGAAAGAGACUGCAAAUAUUUCAUGAAAAUGAACCUUACUGUUCCCUUCCAUCCAGGAGAAAAUGAACAGCAGUUUCCUUUUUCAGCUUCCAGUUCACCAUGGUGAGUGACUUCAGUCAAUCACCUUCUCAAUGGCCUUCACAGAUCUGGCAUGAAAGACAAUCCAAAUACCACCAUUUUGAGAGAGAUGGUGUUUUUCAAAAAUUCUCACUCAUCCACAGUGAGCAUUUUGGCCUUUUCAUGGUUCUGGUAAAAACGUGAUAGAUCACAGUCAUCCUACCAUAAUACCAAACUGCCUACAUCAAAAUUCAUGGCACGAAAUGUUACCAGAUUAAAACUGUCUUGGAAACUUUGGAAAGAGAACUUUUACUUUCUUAAGAACUUUUUUUUGUGUGUGUGUGUGUGUGAAAUAGACCUAAGAAUCAUCAAGGACCUUUCCUUCUUUCUUUCCACUGUUGGGAUAGAAUAGAUGUUGUCUAAAAUGCAACAAAUUAGACAGUAAUGGAAGAGUGAAAGAAAUAGGAGAAAAACCUGUUGAAGUCCAGAAAACCUGUCAUAAUGCUAAGGUGCAAUAUAUUGUAGAAUAUUCUGCAAAGAGAAGAAGGAGACACAACGAGGAAACAUCAAGUAGGCUAUAGGAAACCAUGGGGAAGAUACAUUGUUGAAAGAAAACCUGAGAACUCAUGAAGUGGAGUGAGAGGAAGGGAUGGGACAGGUAACAGCGAAUGCCAGGGGAGAAAUGUUAUGAAAGUGCAAAAGCCUGGAUCUCUCCUUCUAAGUGCUAAAUUAUUGUGUGAGCAUCUUUUAAGUUCAUUGGCUGUUUAUGUAUGAUAUAAUAUAGCUUAACUAUGUAAUUUAUCCUUAGGGUUUGGGAGUUUGUUUGUUUGUUUGUUUUUAAUAAUAAGCUGUGUUGAGAAAGAGGAACCAGUUAGGUAAGUAACUUCUACCAGUUCUGUAAAGAAAAUGGUGCAAGGUAAGAGCACAUUGAUUCAGGGAUGCCAGUCUGUGACCAAUUAACGUUUUUGGUUUCAGAGCUGAAGGUGGGCUUGCAUUCCAAAGAUAUCUGUUUUUUUUUCAAAUAUAUGAAUGGAACUAUUAAAAAUAUUCUUUCUUCCUACAGAGCUUUCCUUUCAUAUGUUUAGAGCAUCAUGUUUACAGUAACAUUACUAUUACCUCAUCUGAUGAGGCCUUACAAAAUUCUGUAGGUUCAAGUAUGUCACUUUUGAGAUUAGGAUGUUUUCUCCUGUUUUUGGUAUCU